AUGGAUUGGUAUCCAAGAGAUCACGUGAGGAAGAGAGGACGCCCGCCGACAGACUGGGACAAGGAGAUGAAGAAGACCUGCGGGGGAACAGCCUGGAAGAGAGUAGCAUUAGAGAGGAAAGAGUGGAAAAGGAUGGGACAGUUACCCCACAACCCAGAACACAGAACCGGCCGCCAUGGACGGGUGACCGUCCAUCAACUGCAGCCUAAGAAUAAAGACCCGAGGCAGGGUGUUACGUCAGUCCGGAGGAUGUUCGACGAGAGGAACACUGUACGGCCCUUGUAG